AAGAAAGGUGGCGCAGGGGAGAGUGACGGGUAAGAGAGUCUUGUUCAGUCAUAAAACUUUCUCUCCCUAAAGCCGUUUCUCUCCUUUUUCGCUUCAAAAACUUCCCCUCUUCACUCCUCACCUACCUAUCUCUCUAGAUCUCACUCUCCGAUCCACAAAUCUCACCGGAGAAAAACAGAGUUUAUAGUAGCCGUGAAGUCAAUUUCCUGCUUAGAUCCGAUCUGGGUUUGAAGAAAGAGAUAAAAAGAUUCGAUCUUUGAGUGAGAAUGGGGGAAUCAGGAGGAGGGUGGAGAGAUUCUUAUAAAGGGAUGUCUUCUGAUAACAUUAAAGGUUUGGUCUUGGCUAUUUCUUCUAGCUUGUUUAUUGGAGCUUCUUUCAUUGUUAAGAAGAAAGGGCUUAAGAAAGCAGGCACUACUGGCACUAGGGCAGGUGUUGGUGGGUAUUCUUAUCUAUACGAGCCUCUUUGGUGGAUCGGCGUGACAACUAUGUUACUUGGUGAGAUUGCCAAUUUUGCUGCUUAUGCAUUUGCACCGGCUAUACUUGUUACUCCUCUAGGCGCACUCAGUAUCAUUAUCAGUGCUGUCUUAGCUCAUAUCAUAUUACUGGAGAAGCUACACAUCUUUGGAGUUCUUGGUUGUGCCUUAUGUGUUGUGGGUUCCACCACAAUCGUCCUACAUGCCCCUCAAGAACAAGAGAUUAGUUCUGUGCUUGAAGUUUGGAAUCUUGCAACAGAACCAGCAUUCAUGUUCUAUGCGAGCCUAAUCAUUGGGGCAGCUGUGUUUCUCAUCGUCCGUUAUGUGCCUCAACAUGGGCAGACAAAUGUAAUGGUCUAUAUCGGUAUUUGUUCGCUUGUGGGAUCAUUAUCGGUAAUGAGCGUUAAAGCACUUGGAAUAGCUUUAAAGCUGACAUUUUCUGGAACAAAUCAAUUAUUUUACCCUCAAACUUGGGUAUUUACUUUGGUUGUACUUACUUGUGUGGUAACCCAGUUGAACUACUUAAACAAGGCUCUUGACACAUUUAAUACAGCUAUAGUAUCUCCUAUAUACUACGUAAUGUUCACAUCACUAACUAUAUUAGCCAGUGUUAUCAUGUUUAAGGACUGGGAUAGGCAAAAUGGUACUCAAAUUGUCACAGAAAUGUGUGGAUUUGUUACAAUACUUUCAGGCACUUUUCUUCUCCAUAGAACCAAGGACAUGGUCGACGGUUCACCGGUAAUAUUACCAGUGCGUAUAAGCAAGCAUGCUGAUGAGGAUGGGUUUGAAUCAGAAGGCAUUCCACUUAGACGACAAGAAUCUCUCCGGUCUUAAAAGCUUUAUUGCUAUUUGUUUUCUGGUCUACUGCAACAACCGCAAGCCAGAAAGCCUCAACUUUUUCCCUUAUCUCAGUCUACAUGGACCAUGGUUCUUGUGUCCUAACAAAUACAUAUGGUUCAAGAAGAUGGAAGCAAAGGAGGACGAGAUCUCACACCAUAUCUUUCUUAUUCUUGGUAUAUAUGCUGUUACUUGAUCAAACAUACGGUAUUAGCCACACACCACCUCUCACGCAUAAACCCUUUUGUGACCUUCAAGAUUUUUUUACUAAACAAAGAUUGGGUUGUGCUUAAAUUGGUCUGUGACAUGCAAUAUAAAUUAAAGGUUUUCAAUUCAAGAUUUGCAUCUUCUUUCUCCGUUGGUUGGUUUAAACCAUUUGACAAAAUGAAAACAGAGACUUUGACAAUUAUAAAUCACAUGGUUAUGACAUUGAUGUUCAUAUUUUUCUUCAAUCAAUCACUGCGUUG